AUGAAGCGGGGGUUCCUCAACAGUGCGAAGUCAAAGGCCAUCCGCCUUGGCUCUGACGCAGGCUACGGCUCCAGCAGCACAAUCGGUGCACCGUCGAUGCCAACCCCAGAUCUCUCCUCCAGUGGCACUGAUACAGUCAUCCUGCCGGCCAAUGCAGCCCCCGACGAGCCCGUGACUGUUUGUUUCUUCUGGCCCGGCUCGAAAGAGGUGUUGAUGAAGAUGCCGGGCUAUCCCAAACCCUUGCGCAAAGUGUCCGAGCCCACCUUUCGAGUCGGAGAGCUGAUCAUCGAUGAACAACCGUUGCUCAUUAGCGUUCGCGGGGUCCCUGUGGCGGUGCCGGCGAUGCUUAAUCAGGAACAGACGACCAAGUACCAAUUGAGAGAGUUUGAGAAGUACCUGGAGGUGGUGUUGAAGAAAAUGCGGCCUGCGGAUCGGGAAGCUUUCAUGUCUCUUGCGAAUAGCCAUCUAACUGAUGGAUCAGGACCCAUUGCUGGCCGUAUUCGAACGAAUUCUCUCGGUCUGGAUGGACUCUGUCCUGCCAUGACUGGCCCGAUGGCACAGUAUAGCUCUGUCCCGCAUUAUAUUUCGCGCAUGAAUAACAGUUGCUCACCCAAUACAACCUCCAAUUUUCACGACACGUCGAUUUCUUAUACGGUCUAUGCAGCGCGCGACAUUGCGGAAGGCGAAGAACUGACGCUGUCCUACUCCGACGUCUGGGACACUGCAGCCAACCGGCAACAGACUUUCAAGCCAUACGGUUUCGUCUGCGCAUGUGAUGCGUGUCGUGACCCCAUCAGCUCCGACCGUCGGCACGCCAAAAUUCGCGCGUUUGUUCCGUCUGUCCGGAUGUGGGCCGUCAACCGGUCGCUGCCUGAUGACUGGCUCAUCAACAAGUGCCUCGAGCAAAUAGCGCUGCUGGAACAAGAGAAGCUCGAGGGCGAGUCGCAUUACCAUGCCGCGAUUAACGCCAUCAUGGAGGCGUAUAUCUGUCUGGGCGAUUCGCCCAAAGUGCGAAAAUGGGCAGCACGUGCCCGCAAAUGCCCGUGGGCGGCAACUCUUGAGAGUCUGGAUGUGAUGAUUGCCCUCAAGUCGCAUGACGGACACCCGCUGUGGCGCAUGCGCGUCGAAAAGUGA